AUGUAUAUCCAUAGAGCCCUCGGCCUUGUCCUCACCCACCUUGCCCUGAGCGAAGCAGCAGCUUGUCCAACCGGAGGAUGUGGCACUGCUGAUGCCUGCGUCCUUACCGAAACAUGCACAACGGCAACCUUUGUCUCACCCUCGACAACAACUAUCACAACCUGUGUCCCAACACCCACCUGCGCGGGACUUCUUGUGAGUUCGGCAAUCCGAAUAACCAAUGCUGCUCGGGUUACUGUGCUGCUAGCAAAUGUCGAUCGACGGAUGAUAAUUGGCCAGCUUGUAGGGAGGAUAAUGGGCCUUGCGUAG